CUGACUGGCUGAACUGACAGCCUGAGUUUUUGUUAGCAAAUAUUCAGUUUACAAUCUGUUCUCGAGCGUAAUUGUUGUUUAAUUUUCAAAAGUGCCACAGCCGGGAUUUAAGCGCGACAUUUUCAAAAGCCCCUUGAGAUGGCUAAAUACGUUGAGUGCAAGUGUAAGAGAGACAACAAAUUUUUAUGAAAAUAUUUCAAACAAAAAAAAAAUUAUAAUAUAAUUUUGUUGUUGUCUUUAUAUGUAAAUUGGAUAAAAAAAAUUAAUAAAACAACUUGUGAAUAAGUAUCUUUCUGUUUAAGGGAAAUGAAAAUUGAAUUUUUAAUAAUGAAAUAAAAAAAAAUAAUGAAAUAUGUGCGAAUGAUACUUGAAUCAUUAAAUAUUUAAGCAAAGAAAAGACCAAGCGCAAUUGUGUUGCGUUUUGUACAUAAUUGUGAAUAAAUUAAUAAUAUUAAAGAAAAUAAUCAUAAAAUAUUAAGUGGUAAAUAGAUAGAGUACGUACAAAACAAAUUCAUUUUUGCAUAAAAAAAAUACUCACACCUAUAAAAUAACUAACAUACACUUGUGUGUGUGUGUGUUUGAGCAUGUAAAACCAAUAAUUAACAAAAAAAAUAUAAAAAAACUUUCAAAGCCUUAAUGAUUUAAAACAACAAUAAAUACAAAGAAAAAUCGUUAAACAUUCCUGGGUUGAGAAAAACAAAAUAAAUAAACGAAUAAACAAAACAUAAAAUGCAAACGUCAUUAGAAUCAUUAACGUCAUUAUUAGUAUUGCCAACAUCAUUAUCAUCAUCACCUUCGGAAGCAGCAAUGCAACAUCAAUACAAACAAAAACAACAGCAGCAGCAACACCAACAACACUCAUGCAAUAAUAACAAAAAUAAUAAUAAUAAUGAACAUCAAUCACACAAAAGAAUAGAAAAACGAAGAACAGCAACGAAAACGAUAACAGAACAACAUUUUAAAACAAUUCCUACAACAACAGCAGCAACAAUGUCGACGCCAAAGUAUGCGUCAGCAAAUGUACAACAAAAUCUACCAACUACAACAAUAUUAACAACAGCAGAAGAAUCUACAAUAAGAACAAAAAUAGCCGCAAAAAAUGCAUUAACAAAACAUUGGCGGCACAAUGAUAACAAUACAAAUAACACAACAAAUUCAACAACUACCAAUUCGAAUAAAAGUUCAAUCUCGAAUAUAAUGAGUAGUAAUCAAAGUGAUAAGACUGCAUUCAGCAGUUACGCCACCAAAAGAUCUAUUCCCUGGUCCCAUAACUCGUGUUCAGCUGGUCAACUAGUACAAUGGAUAUUUUUAACAUUAUUAAUUUAUUUAUCAAUGGAUUCCUCUGGUGUCUCAGCUACAUCCAAAGAAGCAUAUUUCAAUGGCUCGGCAUAUUUGCGUUUGUUGUCACCCAUGCCCAUAUGGGAUCAUUCCGCCAUAAGUUUUCGUUCAUGUCGCGGUGGUGAAAUUUUAGCUCAACAAUACAAUAAAAACUCAAUAGUAAUCUCUGUGCUCAAUGACUUUUUGCAAAUAUCACUGGCCGGCCCGGCCGUCAUAGGACCCAAUAAUCGUGUCGAUGUGAAAUAUUCGUAUCAUUUGCUAGACAACAGAUGGCAUACGUUACAAUUCAAAUAUGAGUAUGGCAAUUUAUAUUUGUAUAUUGAUCGUGAAUCGAGGAUAUUUGCAAACUCUACCUAUAAUAGUCAGUUUUUAACGAAUCAGGAUAUUGGCAACGAAGCGGCCAUUUUAAUAUUGGGCAACUCCUUUACCGGUUGUUUACAAGAUGGUCCCGGCCUACAGUUUAUUAAUGACUCGAUGACUGUACAGAAUGCUGUAUUUGGUCCAUGUCCUUUGGGCAAUGGUCCCUGCUCAGAUCAUGAUAUACCUUUGAGAAAUCAAGACUUUUGUGCCAAUGAUCCCUGCAUGGGUCAUGGCUUGUGCAUUUCUCACAACGAUGGCUAUGAGUGUCGUUGCACUGCCCGCUAUUCGGGUAAAAACUGUCAAAUGGACAAUGGCUCUCCCUGUGAUCGCAAUCCCUGUUCAAAUAGUGGCACCUGCUUUGAAGACAGUCGCGGUGAUUACCAGUGCAUUUGCACCCCCAAUCACACGGGCAAACACUGUGAAACGGAAAUCAAUAUAAAUCCCUUGUGCCAGGUUAAUCCAUGUGCAAAUAAUGGUGCCUGCGUUGUAGCGCCUGGUAGUUCGAAUAUAGAGUGUGAAUGCCCCAAAGGUUAUGCCGGCACGCAAUGUGAAAUUGAUAUGGAUGACUGCGCCUCGCAACCUUGUCAAAACAAUGGCAAAUGCAUGGAUUUGGUCAAUGGUUUUAUAUGUGAUUGUGCCAAUACUGGUUUUAUGGGUCCUUUGUGCCAGACCAACAUCGAUGAGUGUGAAGCGAAACCCUGCCACAAUGGUAAAUGUUUUGACACCAACGGCUGGUUCAUAUGCCAGUGCUCUGAUGGCUGGGGAGGAGAACUGUGUGAAAAGCCCAUUAGUUGUCAAACUCAGCAGUGUUUGAAUGGCGGUACCUGUUUGGAUAAGCCCAUAGGUUUCCAAUGUUUGUGUCCUCAGGGUUUUUCGGGUGAGCUGUGUCAACAAGGUCCACCUCCAUGUCCUCAAUGUCCCAUUGACUCGGAGUGCAUAGGAGGAAAAUGCAUAUGCAAGCCAGGAACUUCAGGCCCUAUUGGCCAUUGUUUACCGAUAACGACAACAACUACAAAUAUGCCACCCAUAUCACCCAGUAGUGCUACCUCCGCCCUUGUAAGCAAUCAACAACAAUCCCGAUCAGCUCAGUUGAAUGCAUGUUCCUCUGAUAAGUGUCUGAAUGGUGGCACUUGCCAAGGUUUUGCCACCAAUUACACUUGUAGUUGUGCUAGUGGAUACAAAGGCUUUAAUUGCGAAUUGCCCUCUAAUGAUGUCUUGCCUUCGAGCAUACCCUUGUCAGGUUGCAAGUGUUUAAAUGGUGGUACUUGUUCUUUGAACGGCACCCAUUGCUACUGUCCGACUGGCUAUUCUGGUGAACGCUGUGAAAAAUUAGAAGCAUGUACGGUGGCCAACUGUCAAGAGCCCAUGAUAUGUUCUCAAAAUAAAUGCAUUUGCCCGGAAAACAAAAUCUGUACUGUGUGUGCUACACAACCUUGUCGCAAUGGCGGUGUUUGCUCCGAUUUACCCAAUGGCGAUUACGAGUGUAAAUGUCCAGCUGCCUGGACUGGUCGUAAUUGUAUGAAGGAUGUCGAUGAGUGUCAGAUAUCACCAAAAAUAUGUGGCAAUGGAAUUUGCAAAAACGAGGAAGGCUCCUACAAAUGCUACUGUACUCCUGGCUUCACGGGCAUUCACUGUGAUUCCGAUGUCGAUGAAUGCUUAAGUCAUCCCUGCCAAAAUGGAGCAACCUGUCAUAAUAAGAUUAAUGCUUACGAAUGUGUUUGUCCACCCGGUUACAUGGGUCUCAACUGUGAAAUCGAUAUUGAUGAAUGUGCCAGCAAUCCCUGCUCCAAAGGUUCGACUUGUAUUGAUAUGAUUAACAAUUUUACUUGCUCCUGUAUACCGGGAAUGACGGGUCGUUUCUGUGAAAUCGAUAUUGAUGACUGUGUGUCGGGACCCUGUCAACAUGGCGGCAAAUGUAUCGAUGAAUUGGGCGGUUUCCAUUGCAACUGCAAUUCUACCGGCUAUGAGGGGCGUUAUUGUGAAUCGAAUAUAGACGAGUGUGCCACGAAUCAGUGUGUUAACGGUGCAGAAUGUAUUGAUCAGGUCAACGACUACUUUUGUAAAUGUUAUGUCGGAUUUAGGGGAAAGAAUUGUGACAUUGACAUCAAUGAGUGUGAAAGUAAUCCAUGUCAGUAUAAUGGCAACUGUUUGGAGAGAUCGAAUAUAACCCUAUACAAUCUUGCCCAUACAAUGGAUUUGCCAAGUGUUUUUAGUCAGACAUUUAGCUUUGAAAAUGCCAGUGGCUAUGAGUGUGUCUGUGUGCCGGGCAUAAUGGGCAAGAAUUGUGAGAUCAAUAUUAACGAAUGCGAAAGUAAUCCGUGUAGCAAACAUGGCACAUGUAAUGAUGGUAUCGGCUCCUAUACUUGUGAAUGUGAUCCUGGCUUUGAGGGCACCCAUUGUGAAGUUAAUAUUGACGAAUGUGAUCGCUAUAAUCCCUGUGGAGCUCAUGGCACCUGUAUCGAUCAGACCAAUGACUAUGAGUGUGAUUGUGAUGCCAUGUAUGGCGGCAAGAACUGUUCUGUGCCUUUAAUUGGUUGCGUUAGUGCUCCUUGUUUGAAUAAAGGUAUUUGUAAGCCAUAUUUGGUUAACGAAACCGAGCAUCUGUUCAAUUGCUCCUGUCAACAUGGCUUUCAAGGUGACACCUGUGAGAAAACCACCACAAUUUCCAUGGUAGUUAGUAGUUUGAUAACGGUUAAGACCCAGCGUGAGGAGGGUUAUGACAUCAAUUUACAAUUUCGUACCACUUUGCCUAACGGUGUUUUGGCGUUCGGUACUUCGGGAGGUCAAAAUGAGCCAGUUAGCUAUAUUUUGGAAUUGAUCAAUGGCCGUUUGAAUUUACACUCGUCCUUGCUGAAUAAAUGGGAGGGUGUCUUCAUUGGUUCGAAUUUGAAUGAUAGCAACUGGCAUAAGGUGUUUGUGGCCAUUAAUACUUCUCAUCUGGUGUUGUCGGCCAACGAUGAACAGGCUAUAUUCCCGGUGGGUUCUUAUGAAACCUCUAAUGGCAGCCAGCAACCUUCAUUCCCUCUCACCUACUUGGGUGGUACUAUACCGAAUUUGAAAUCCUACUUGAGACAUUUAACGCAUCGCCCCUCCAGUUUUGUGGGUUGUAUGCAGGAUAUUGUGGUAAAUGGCAAAUGGAUUUUCCCCGAGGAACAAGGUUUAGAUGACAAUACAACAUUGACUCACAUACAAAGCGGUUGUCCACGCGCCGCACAGUGCAACCCAAAUCCCUGUCACUCGAAUGGUAAAUGUACGGAUCUUUGGCAUACCUUCUCCUGCACGUGUCAGAGACCUCACUUUGGCUAUACUUGUAAAUAUAAUAUAACUGCCGCCACAUUUGGCCAUGAGAAUACCUCGCAUUCGGCUGUAAUAGUGGAAACAAAUGAUGCAGCGCGUAGAGCUAUCAGAUCUGUUUUGGAUAUCUCCAUGUUCAUACGCACCAGGCAGCCUACUGGUCAGGUCUUCUAUUUGGGCAGUGAUCCUCGUAAAACAGCCUCUAAAGGAGCUGAUUCUGGCAGUUCUUAUGUAGCUGCCAAAUUACAAGGCGGUGAACUGUUGGUGAAAAUGCAAUUCAAUGGCACUCCUGAGGCAUAUACUGUGGGUGGCAAUAAACUGGACAAUGGCUACAAUCAUUUGAUCGAAGUUGUACGCAAUCAAACCUUGGUGCAGGUUAAACUAAAUGGCACCGAGUACUUCCGCAAAACGCUGUCAUCGACAGGUUUACUGGACGCACAAGUGCUUUAUUUAGGUGGACCUGCUCCCACACCAUCCAACAGCGAAACAACUGCCACUGUUGUACCAGGCUCCGAAGUGGGUACUGAAUAUGCCACCAUCAAACCCGAAGAUUAUUUCAAGGGCAUCAUCCAGGAUGUUAAAGUAAGCAAUGGCUCGCACACCAUGAUUGUUGAAUUGUAUCCCUUGGAAGAGGAAGAUCUGGCCUUGCCCCCACCAUUUGGUGUGAUAACAAUCGAUCGUUCGUCGGUUUUGAAGGGUGAAGUGUCUGAUGAUUUGUGCCGUAAGAAUCCCUGUAGACACAAUGCUGAAUGUCGCAAUACAUGGAAUGAUUAUACUUGCAAAUGUCCCAAUGGUUACAAGGGCAAGGAUUGCCAAGAAAUCGAAUUCUGUCAAUUGGUUACAUGUCCUGGCAGCAGUGUGUGUCAAAAUCUCGAUGAUGGUUACGAAUGUUUGACAAAUAUUACAUUUAGAGGCAACGAGAAGGCACCAUUGGCUUUCACUUUCUACAAAGAGCAAAUGAAUGACGAAUUGAAGCCAAAAUUAAAACCAGUCAUAGAAAUAGCUUAUCGUACUCGUGCCGGCGGUACUUUGUUGUAUGUGGAAAAUCAACAAAGUUUCUUCGAAAUCGGUGUGAAUCAAGGCCAAGUUACGGUUACUUGGAAAUUCAAUCAAGACUCUUUGGGUGAUACCAAACGCUUUAGCAAAGAUAAUUCGGAUGGCAUUGAAUGGAGUAGAAUCUACUUGAGAGCCCACAAUGGUAAAUUAGAGGGUGGCUGGAAGGGUUGGGAAAGUAUGGUGGAUCCAUCGCCAGCAUUUUCCGCCGACGUAGAUAUGAAUGCCUUCCAGGAUUUAAUCUCAAGUGGAGCUCAAGUUUAUUUGGGCGGCAUGCCAGUUGUUAGUCAAAAUCAACAGGCCCGUGUAACGGUCUCUUCCCAGCAAGGUUCUCAAUUCAAGGGCUGCCUGGGUGAAGCCAGGGUGGGUGAUCUCCUAUUGCCCUAUUUCACCAAUGAAGAAAUGUAUCCCAGAACUGAAAAUGUUUCGGUGCAACCACAAAUACAAUUCCGUUUGAAUUCUACACGACCAGAUGAGGGCUGUAUUUUGUGUUUCAAAACGGACUGUAAAAAUGGUGGUGCCUGUAGUUCUCCUACCGAGGACUAUGCCUGCACCUGCCUGCCCGGCUAUGAUGGCGAUGAUUGCUCAAAUGAUAUCGAUGAAUGUGCCACGGCCAUGUGUGAAAAUAAUUCCACCUGUAUUGAUAAAGUUGCUGAUUUCCUGUGCGAUUGUUUGCCCGGUUACGAUGGUCGUUUCUGUGAAAAUAAUAUUGAUGAAUGUGCCACGCAGCCCUGUCAUAAUGGCGGCAACUGUACCGAUCUUAUAGCAGCGUUCCAUUGCGAUUGUACCGAUGAUUAUGCGGGAGCACAGUGUGAUGUCUUGAAACAGGUUAUUUGUGAGAAUCUGCCAUGUAAAAAUAAUUCUACUUGCCAGGAUGGAUUUAAUCCCCAAACGAGCAAUAAUUUCACUUGUAGCUGCAUGCCAGGCUAUGAAGGAGCCAUUUGUGACAUGGCCUUUUGUGAAUUGACACCAUGUGAACAUGGAGGCUUAUGUAUUAUCACUGAGACAAUGACUCCCAUGUGCCAAUGUAGUUUGGGUUACUCAGGUCGUUUGUGCGAAACAGACAUUAACGAAUGCGAAUCAAAUCCCUGCCUGAAUGAUGGCAAAUGUACCGAUUUGGUGGGCGGAUAUAAAUGUAAUUGUACCGAUACGGGUUUCGAAGGGGAUAACUGCGAAAUCGAUAUAGAUGAAUGUGCCAUGAGUGUGGAAUACUGUGGUGGUUUAGGCAGAUGUAUAAAUCAACCGGGAUCCUUUAAAUGUAUUUGUCAAGACUCUUUCUGUGGGGCGUACUGUAAUUUCACGGAUCCCUGCAAACAAGAAGGACAACAGCUGUGCAUGAAUGGCGGCAAUUGCAUAGAAGCCUGUGGUGAUGAAGCAGAUUAUUAUUGUAACUGCACAGAGGGUUAUACGGGCAAAAAUUGUACUGUAUUGAUAACUUCUCGCGAAGAACCCAGCACUGCCGAUAUAGCCAUUAUUGUUAUACCGGUUAUAGUGGUAUUACUAUUAGUGUGCGCCGGUUUAUUGGUGACAUUUUUGGUAAUGGCUCGAAAUAAACGUGCCACUAGGGGCACCUACAGUCCUAGUGCUCAAGAAUAUUGUAAUCCUAGACUGGAAAUGGACAAUGUGUUAAAACCGCCACCGGAAGAAAGACUCAUUUAGUCAAAUUUCCUUUACAUACCUAUAGCAAUGUGUCUCUAAUGUUAUUUAUUUUACAUUUUAUUUAACAUAUUUUAAGUGUUUUUUUACAAAAUAUUUAAUUGAUUAAAAAAACGAUACUACUACAACUUCUUUUAAAAACAUUCCGCCCAUUUUCUAGCAAAAAAAUAAGAAAAAAAUCUUUUUAUAAUUUUUAAUUAACGUUUAACGAUAUACUAAGUAUAAUAUUAGUUUUACCAUUAAAAACAAAAGAAAAUGUCUUUAAAGUGGUUUAGAAACCAAAACUCAUUAAUUUUCCUCUUCCUCUCAUGUGUAUUCUGAAUACUUUUUCUUUCUGUAUUAAAGGAAACUUAAUUCGGAUUCUUUGAUUUUUGAACUUUAUAAGUAAAAUAUUUAAUAAUUAAGUUAGGUGCCAAUAAGUCCUUUUAACAAAAACAUUUUAAAAUUCUCUUCCUAUUUUUGAUCUUUGUUUAUAGAGAAUUUAACAGCUAAUAUUUUCUAUAGUUUUUCUUAAAUUAAAAAUAUUUGAAAUUAUUAGGCUCAGUUAUAUUACGUUUUAUCAAUGUUAUAUUUACACUAUUUAUUAAAUUGUUUGUUUAAACAAAAAGAAAGCAAUGUAAUACUAUUAUUUAAUAGCACUCAGAACAGAAUUAUUAUGUACCAGUGAUUUUGAUAGAGUUCGAACAAACUUUACUAAUAAAAAAAAAUAACAAAAUCUCUUUUAUUGAAAACUAAUUUUGGAUAAAACUUUUCGUUUUUUAAAUUCUUGACAUAAACUACUAUCAUAAUCACUGGCACUUGUAAUCACACCUUAUAGCUGAGUAAGUGGACAAUAUUAGUUAAUCAAAGAAAAUCGAAUUUUCUUAUCUAGAAUUUGCUUAUUUAGGAUUUUGUUUUCAUUUUAGUGUUCCCAUUCAGUAAAUGUUUGUAUUGUAUUGAAAUGUUUGAAUUAAUCUGAUCUGACUUUUCAUCUGCCCAUUAGAAAAUCAAAAUAUUGAAACUUUUGUGAUUUAUAGAUUGUACGAAAAGAUUUUAUAUUUGUAAUUAGAACAGGCAGCAUUUUGAUAAUAAUUUCAGAUUCUGACUUUCUGAAUUUAACCUGCUAAGUGGAUAAUUAGAAAUGUUAGCUUUAUUUUAAUAUAUCCAAUGAGCGAAUCAAACAAAAGAAAAAACUAGGGAAAUAAUUGCUUCACUACGUCAGCUCUCUCCACACUUUAUCACCCUUUAUGACCCUCUUUUUCGUAAUAUGUACUUGUUUUGUAUAUAAAUGGAUCAAAUCUAUCAUGUUUAUAAAUUUUUAAUUAAAUAUAUCAUAAUUUGUUUAAUAUAAGUCAAACUAUUUUUCAUUUAUUAUAUUUUAAAAACUACUAAGUUCUUUUUUUUUUGUGACAUCUUAACGAAAUAUUUAAUAUUUUUUUAAAAUUUAAAUUAAAUAAUGAAAAAAAACGUAUAUAAUUAAAUACCUAUUAUUCUAUUAUACAUAUAUAGUAUAGUAUAUUAUGUAUUAUUAAUAUAUAAGAAGACUGUAAUAUAUAUUUUGAAAAUAAAUAAAAUGUUAAAUUAAUUUAAAAAACAAAA